AUGCCCAUCCGGAGCGAAUGGAGUCUUGCGCGUGAAGGCGUCACUGGCGACACCCUGACGCGUCUUCUCCAACUCACGGCUUUCAAUCCGUUGAUCACGCUGCCGCUCUUCCUUGCGGGCAAGUACACGUUCGAUGGAGGUCGCGUGGUUGCCGGCCAUGCGACGGCGUGGAAGCACCUGAAGACGCUGGUUGCCCUCGGGCUGCUGGACAGGCUCAGCCGGUGGCUCGACAACGCCGUUACGAACAAUUGGUCAAACGACACCUAUGUCUGGAGCCAAGAGGUCGUCGUUGUGACAGGAGGAAGUGACGGCAUUGGCAAGAUUGUCGUGCAUCUGCUGGCCGAGAAGGGCAUCAAGGUCGCCGUGCUGGAUGUCCAGGAGCCGACAUACGAGGCACCGCCCUCUGUCCGCUUCUUCCAGUGUGACCUGACCUCCCCCUCCUCCAUCGGCUCCGCUGCCUCGUCCAUCCGCAGCACCCUCGGCAACCCGACCAUCCUGAUCAACAACGCCGGCGUCGCCCGCGGCAAGACCAUCCUCGACACGACCGAAAAGGACCUCAGCCUUACCUUCAAAGUAAACACCUUCGCCCACUACUACCUCACCCAGCAGUUCCUGCCGCACAUGGUCGCAAACAACCACGGUAUGGUCGUCACCGUCGCCUCGCUCGCCGGGUACGUGACUGCGCCCUCUAUGGUCGACUACGCCGCCUCCAAGAGCGCAGCCAUAGCUUUCCACGAGGGCCUCGCCGCGGAGCUAGUCACGCACUACAAAGCCCCCCGCGUGCGCACCGUGCUGAUGUGCCCGGGCUACACGCGCACCAAGCUCUUCGAGGGCUUUAAUUCAAAGGCGCUGUUCCCCGAGACCGUGGCCGAGGAGAUUGUCAAAGCCGUGCUGGGCGGCAGGAGCAAGCACAUGGUGCUGCCGGAGUUGAGUUGGGCGAUUGCCCCCAAGCUGAGGAGCUUCCCGCUUUGGGCGCAGUAUGGCGCGCGCAAGAAGAUGGAUAAUAUGAUGAGAGGCUGGAAGGGGCGGCAGGUGGUGCAGCCUAGUGAGAAGGAGGAGGUGGGGGAGAAAAAGGUCGAGGAUAGCACGGUGCUCGUGGAAGGGGAAUGA